AUGUAUUUACUUAUUUCAUUUUUCUUCGCCAUCAUUGUGAAGAUUCAAGGGGCAAAUUGGUGCUACCAGUCCCAGGUUACAUGUGGUGGCAACUGCACAGGACCUGAUGGUUGGGCAACGGUUGCUGGAGCAUGUGGCAGAAGAGCCCAGUCUCCAAUUAAUAUUAUGAUGAGAAGAACUCUACCAGAUGGACGCCUUACACCAUUUACAUUCACUGGGUACCAAGAGGCCUUCCACAGUAUCAUCACAAACAAUGGUCACACUGUUCAAGUGGACCUGCCUUCCACAGCGAAGGUUCAGGGUGGAGAUCUGGCGGUGCCAUAUAAGGCAGUACAACUCCACCUGCACUGGGGCAAGGAUGGAGGCCCUGGAUCAGAACACACCAUCGAUGGAGAACAAUAUCCCAUGGAGCUGCAUAUUGUUAAUAUAAAAGAGGAAUACAACUCUUUGGCGGAAGCUCUGAAAGACCCUGCAGGGGUUGGAGUUCUUGGAUUCUUUUAUGAGGAAUCAGGAAGCUCCAACAAGAAAUAUGACGCCAUUGUAAAUGCUCUGAACACUAUUAAACAUCCCAGCUCCAACACUACCCUUAGUGAUGUGUCCCUGGACAUGCUCAUCCCCUCUCGGGGUAAUAUGACCAGCUACUUCCGCUACCAGGGCUCUCUCACCACACCCGCCUGUGCAGAAGCUGUCGUCUGGACGAUGUUUGAAAAUACAAUUCCUCUCAGCAGGCAACAGCUUGCUGCAUUUUCUCAGCUUCAGUUUGAUGAUGGAAAGCCUAUGGUGGGAACCCAUCGCCCAGUCCAGCUGUUGAAUGGUCGCCAGGUGUAUCGCUCUGGAAGUCAAGUUGUCUUAGUCAGCACUCUGCUACUCAUCACCUCUGUGAUAUCAGCCAUUGGACUCCCACUGCCCAACUAA